GGGACAUAACUGGACACAGACCCAGCGUCCCAGCCCUAGAGCAGGCUUUCCCUCUUUUCUCUGCUGCCUUGAGCCUCCUCCUCCUCCUCAUCCCAGCAUGGGCAGGAAGAACCAUAUCCCUGAUGGAUGGCGGGAUAUACAACCAAUUGGACAACCUAUACCAGGGACUCGAUUUAUUGCUUUCAAAGUACCGUUGAAAGGGGUAUUGACAACAAAAAAGUUUACACCAAAAGAUCUGAAUGCUGCCUUGAAGGCCCUCAAUGUGAAACUUGGCUUAAUUAUCGAUUUAACAAAUACCGCAAAAUACAAUUAUGCUAAGGAUUUGCCUAAAAGUGUGGAGUAUAAGAAACUUGUUACUGUUGGACAUAAAGUCCCAGAUGAUGCCACUAUUCUACAGUUCAAAAAAUGGGUCAGAAAGUUCUUAUGGGAAAAUGCAGAAAAUGAAAAACUCAUUGGAGUAAACUGUACUUAUGGAAUUAAUAGGACAGGUUACCUUAUAUGUAGAUAUCUGAUUGAUGUUGAAGGCUGGGAUCCAAUAACAGCAAUCCAAGCUUUUGGAGAGGCUCGUGGCCACCAUAUGAAUGGGUCUGUAUAUCUGACAGACCUCCAAACUCAGCCAGUGAGAAGCAAUAUAGGAAUGAAUGUGUGGGAUGCUGGAGAUGCUGUGCCACCACCAAAUGAUACAGCUGGGCAUACUGAUAGAACUUCAAAUGAAGAACACCCCAGGCCUGCAAAAAGAUUAAGAGUUAAUGAUGAUGGUCAUAAUGAUAUACCAGAACAAAUCCAAUUGAAAGAAUUUGAUUUUAUUAAUAAAGGACCUGGACAAAGGCGAAAACCAUAUUACAAUCAACAUUUUCAAGAUGAUCCAGAGCCUCUAGAAGAAACGAGACAAAGCCAUUUUGCAGACCACCAGUUUUCUGAUGACCACCAAAAAGAAAUACAGCUGAAGGACUUGGACUUUGCCACAGGAUCAGGGCAGAGGCUCCAACCUUGCCAUGAUCACCAUCUUUGUGAUGACUUUCCAGAAAGUGCACAACCAGAACAUAUUAAUAUGGACCAUGGACAGAGGCAAAAGCAUUUUCCUGAUUUCCCUCCUCAGAGUGAUAUACUGAUAGAUUCACAGGUGAAUAGGAGCCAUGAAAAAAGACAAAGACUAUUUCAUGACCCCCAAUCCAACAAUGAAUAUCAGUCACAAAUGCUAUUAAAAAAAUUAGGUUUGCACAACAAGAGACCUGAGCAAGGAAUAAGAACUUUUCAAGACUAUUCCCCUCAUGAUGAUAUACAAACACCAGUAGAAGACCUUAAGUUUUUUAGAAGAGAUCGUGAACAACAAAUGGUACCUUUAACUGAUAACCACCAUCACAAUGAUUUACAAAGAGAGAUACCAGUAGAAGAUUUUGAUAACAGAGAUUCUGAAUCAAGAUGCAGACUUUUUCAUGAGUCUCAGUCUUAUGAUGAUUUCAGUAAGCAAGUGCAGUUAAAAGAUUUUCUAAACACGAAACAAAAGAUGAGGCUUUUUGGUGAUCAUUCACCUCGUGAUAAUAUUCAGUAUGAAGGAUAUGUAGAAAGAGUCCGUCAUUAUUUUUCUCAGGAGCACUUCCCAGAAACUCCUUUAUUUAACAGAGAUUACAGUUCAGAUGAGGAAGACUACCACAGAAGUUGCAGGUCUGAUUGCUAUGAGGAUUAUGGGAGAAUCCGUUCUUCAGAUGAAAUUAUCAGAGGAGAAAAAAUAAGACUUGCAUCACCUUCCUCAAGCCCAGUUCAUGUCCCUUCAUCUUCCCACCAGGAAGUUAGUUCAAUUGCAGCGGACUGUGAAAGAGAAUCCCAGCAUGAAGUUGCAAGGGAGAUGGGUCAGGGGAAAAGGUUACCUGUGCUAACGUUUGAUUACAAUUAUGGCUUGCCUUUAAACUAUACAGUUGAGGAGGAAGAUAUAGCACAUUAUGAAUUACAUGCAAGAGAGCGCUCCAUUUGGGAAUGAACGAGAUAAAUGUAUGUAUGCAUGUUUCAUCCAUUUUUCUUUUGUGUGUGGAUCAAACUUCUCAAAAUGGAAAAGUUUAUCUUUCUUUUAUGAAACUAGCAUCUGUACACUGGUGGUCUGAGAAAAGGAUUGCCUCAUCCUAAUAAUGGCAAGAUGUUCACCAUCCACACCAUUUGGACUACAGUGGUAGUCUUAUGUGUAAUAAGACCAGUGUCCACAAAUGUUUGUUUUUUACAUUUAGAUACUGGGUACAUUUGUUAUGUGGAGAAAGAUGUCCAGCAUAAAUGAAAUAACAAUAAUGUUUCCCUUUAGUGAAUUGGAAGGCCAUAACUUAAGACACAGCUGAAUUUGUGUUCUUUCUCUUUUUCUAAUUUUGAAUUGUGCAUAAUACUGUCACUUUAUAAAACUUGUAAUAAAAGAAUAUAAAGAGUGUUCACAA